AUGGGGCAUACACCACAGUAUAUCAGUAAAUUGCGCGGUCAUCGCAUUCUAAUCAUCGGAGGCACGUCCGGUAUAGGGCUUUGUGUCGCAGAAGCCGCUCUGGAGCAUGGAGCGAGUGUCACCGUCAGCGGCAGCACUGCGAGCAAGCUCCAUACCGCCCUACAACAUUUAAGCAAGAUCGAAAGCCCGCUCCAACAGACACCCCACGCUGGGGAACCAACAGUAUCUGGCAGCAUAUGCGACCUCAGCAAUCCAUCUUUACAAGAGUCGGCCCUCCUAUCAUUGCUAGACACAGCAACUGUGCAUGGGAGGCACAAGUUGGACCACGUCGUCUUCACAGCCGGUAAUAACAUCACAAUCUCACCACUCGAGCAUGUGACCCCGCAUGACUUCGAGCUGAUGCAGACUGUACGAGUCUUGGCUCCCGUCCUCCUGGCCAAAUUGGUUCCUGCCUACAUGUCCAAGUCGGCUCACAGCUCGGUGACGCUCACCGGCGGCACGCAAGCAAUGAAGCCCUCUCCGGGCUGGAGUGUCAUGGCGGGCAUCAUGUCGAGUAUCUCGGGUUUCACACUCGGCUUUGCCGUAGAUCUGCAGCCCAUCCGCGUAAACACUGUGUUUCCAGGGGCUGUCCACAGCACAGCGAGCAACAAAAUGGACCCGACACUACUGGAGGAGAGGCUCGAAGCUUUCCGGAGAACUACGCUGACGAACACGGUUGGGACCCCGGAGGAUGUGGCAGAAGCGUAUUUGUAUUGCAUGAAGAGCUCUUAUGCAAGUGGUACCACCAUCAUUGUCGACGGGGGAAGAUUGCUCAAGGGCUGA